AUGUUUCUCAGGCGGAAAAACGCAUUUCGAACCACUCAGGUCGAACUAACCACAAAGUCCCAACUGGUGUGCUACUUGGACCGAGAUCCUGAUAGUGACUAUAUGGAACUUGCCACUAUGCACACGACGCAGCAAAACGCGGCGUGGGUUGGACAGCACCGCAAGCACAACAGCCGUCAGCUGGCUGUCAUACAACCUGUGACCAAUGAAGAGUUUACAGACUUCAAGGUUCUGGCGGGCCUCGCUCAUCCCAAUAUUGCACGGCUCCGAGCGCUGUACCACAAGGGCGGUGCUGUUCAUGUCGUUUAUGAGUAUGUCGAGCUUGACAUUUUCGAUAUAUGA